GUUUUGACUCUUCUCGGGGGCCAAUCACCGGUCGCGACCACAUUUCCACACUCACCAACCACUAAGAUAUUGUUCAACAUGACCACGGCGGCGUCGGACUUGUUCCCUGUGAUCCAUGCGUUCCUUACGAGUUGCGGCAUGAAGAAAUCUGCCAAGGCUUUGACCCAAGAAUCCAACAAGGAGUUCGCGGCAACCAAUAAGCUGGACUUGCUUGAAGUGUACAACCACUACUUGGCAACCAAGCCCCGGGGAUCGAAGGACAAAGAAGAGUCCUCUUCGUCGGAUUCCUCGGACGAGUCGUCUGAUGAGGACACCAAGAAGACGAAGGUGGUUGCGGCCAAGAAGGUGGUGGCUUCGAAAAAGGCUGCGUCGUCGUCGUCGUCGUCAGAUACCUCGGACGACUCGUCGUCUGACGAAGAUGAAAAACCUGCUGCCAAGAAGCCCGUCGUCGCUGCCAAGAAGCCCGUCGUCGCUGCCAAGAAGGUGGUGGCCACAAAGAAGGACGACUCGUCGUCGUCAUCGUCGGAUUCGUCGGACGACUCCUCCGAUGACGACGACAAGAAGCCUGCCGCCGUCGCCGCGAAAAAGACUCCCGCCAUCGCUGCCAAGAAGGUGGUGGCCACGAAGAAGGACGACUCGUCAUCAUCGUCGGAUUCGUCGGAUGAUUCGUCUGAUGAAGACACCAAAAAGCCCGUCGCGGCCAAGAAGCCCGUGGUUGCUGCUAAAAAAUUGGUCAAGAAGGCCGACUCGUCGUCUUCGGAUUCAUCGGACGAUUCGUCUUCGGAAGAUGAAAAACCACCUGCCAAGAAGGUUGUGGUUGCCAAGAAAGUGGUGGCGAAGAAGGCUGAAUCGUCUUCCUCGGACUCGUCCGACAGCGAAGCGGAGAAGAAGCCCGUGGCCGCAAAGAAGGUUGUGGCCGCCAAGAAACCUGUCGCGGCGAAAGACGACUCGUCUUCCUCGGACUCGUCUGACUCGUCCGACAGCGAAACGGAAAAGAAGCCCGUGGCCACCAAGAAGGUUGUGGCCGCCAAGAAACCUGUCGCGGCGAAAGACGACUCGUCUUCGUCAGACUCGUCCUCUUCGGACGACUCUUCCGACGACGAAGACACCAAAGCGGCACCUGCCAAGCGAAAGUUACCUGCGUCCAAGGCGGCGUCGACCCCUUCGAAGAAACAAAAGACCGAAAGCAGCAGCUCCGACAGCUCUUCGUCGUCGGACGAAAGCUCGGACGAAUCUGAAGACGAAGAUGAAGUAGCUAAGGAAAAAGCGCGCCGCGUCGAAGCCGCCGCGGCCGCAGCGGCGUGGACGCCUAAAAAGAUUGAAGCGCCAACGGUGCUUGGCGAACAAGGCCAAAAAGGAGUGCCCUUCCAGCGUGUCGACGGUGAAUACUGGAGCACGCAAAUUGUGGACGAAACCCUUCGCGACAACAGCUAUGCGGCCACGUUUGGUGAAGAUGGUGUCGGCAGCAAGGCCAACACGGUGCUACUCAAGGUCCGCGGCAAAGAUUUCACCCGUGAGAAAAACAAGAAGAAGCGCUCGACGUACUUGUGCGGUGCUAUUGACUUGGGGUCCAACUCGUUCAAGUACACCGACUAAAUCCCUACAAUCCUACAAAUGGAUAUAAUAAACACGA